AUGGAGUUGACAUGGGUUGCGUGUCGCCUGCUGGCAGUUACGUGGGUUCUUAGCGGCAUUAUUGGCGGGUAUGGUUAUUUGCCGGGAAGUAACCUGCGUGCCAACGUCUCAUUGUCACCAUGGCAGCCCGGGGCAUGCAAGCAGUUAAGCUGCUUUAAUCGCAAAAGCAAUCAAAAACGAUUCUUCACCAGCGUAUACGCAGAAUCUACUGCAGAUCAUACGGCAGAUGCAGGAGAUGAUCGAAAGCGAAAGAUCCUGUUCCUCCGUACCUCCACCGGGAAGGGGACUCAGGAAUGUUACGAGGCGUUGACAAAGGCUGGAGGCGACCUUCGUGCAGCCCUCGACAUCAUCAGAAGUGGCAUGGAAAACUAUGUUGCGUCUAAUAGUGGAGGCGAAUCUGCGCCGGUUGUAGACCUGCUUCACGGACGGGUGGCCACUGUCAUGACCCCUGAUAUGGCUGUUGUCCUAGAAUUGCGUUGUGAAACAGAUUUUGUUGCGCGCAAUCACGUAUUCAUGGCCCUGGCAAAAUCGCUUGCCAACUCUGCUCUGGCGGUGGUGAGAUCUGGAGACGCAGCUGCGCAUGGUUUGGACGCCGAGUCCAUUGGUAAGCGCAUGAUGGAAGCGCGAUGCAUCCGCUGUUCAAAAACUCCUAGUGAAGCUGCUGUACUUGCUAAGAUGGCCUUGCAUGAACAGUUGAUCAUCACCAGAUUGGGAUUCAUUAAGGCAUCUCCACAGGAGUUCCUUACAUCAUAUCUCCACGGGGCACUGGUCGCCACCCACCCUUUAAAUAAGGUUGGAUCGGCCGGUGCGCUCUUGAAGUACACGUUGAGUGGCGCUCCGGAUUCGGAAGCAGUGGGGAGCACUCUGCCCACAGCCGCCGAUCUGCAGACGCCCAUUACGUACGACCAGUCCAGCGUCCCCGAAACAAACUGCGCCCUCGUCGGCUCAGACUGCAUGUACGCAGAAAUCCCUGCGGUAGAGCCGUCACUGCUAUCGGACACUGAUGUGGGAUUAACUCGAAGCAUCAAGACCUUCACAAAGCAGAUCACCCAGCAUAUCGUAGGCGCCAGGCCAGUCGCCAUGUCACUUGAAGACUACGAUCCGGAAAAGGUGAAUGCGGCAAGGGCUGAAUUGGAAGCCGAGGCGCUAGCCUCAGGGAAACCCAAGGACACAGUCGAUCGCAUUGUUUCCGGACGGCUGCGCAAGCAAUUCGGAGAAUUUGUAUUGAUGGAGCAGAAAUGGCCAUUCGAUGGCGGUAAGCCGUCCGUCAGCAGUGCCGUACAGGAUUUCGAGAAGAAGCACCGUGCAAAGGUGGAACUCAAAAAGAUGCUACAGUUCUCCGUGGCCGAUGAUCUACUCACGUACAGAGCAGCGCAUGGCGCAAACUACUACCGACUUAACAUGGUUUUAUAA